GCCACCUGUCUGCAGCAGCCCGGCCCGCCAGUCGAUCCCUCCAGUGGCCGCUCUCCCUCGGACCCCGCGCAGCAUGCAGUGAGAGCCCGUCGGACCCGAGCCCACAGUCCAGCAGUCGCGCCUGCCCGAUCCUCUCCUCUCUACGCUCUCCGGUGCGCCGGCGCUCCCAGCUCAAGAUGCAGAGGUGCAGCCGAAGCCUCCUGCUUGCCUCCCUCCUCCUCUGUGCCACGCUGUCAGAGACCCUGGGGCUCGUGCUCUCGGCCAAGGAAAAGCGAGGCUGGACCUUGAACAGUGCUGGUUACCUCCUCGGUCCACAUGCGGUUGAUAACCACAGAUCAUUCAAUGACAAGCAUGGCCUCGCUGGCAAACGGGAGAUCCAGUCCGAAGACGGCAUGAAGUCAGGAAACUUUGCAAGACCCAUGACUGAUGACAACAUUGUGCGUACAGUACUGGAGUUUCUGACAUUCUUGCAUCUCAAAGAAGCUGGGGCCCUUGAGAGUCUGCCGUCGGCAAUCUCAUCAGAAGAAACAAAUCAGUCCUGAGAGGAUGUUUGCUUUUUGUCUGUGUUCGUGAGCUUCAAGUCCCAUUUUACAGAGGGCUUUGAUGGAAUGGAGUUCAAAGUGUGGUGGUUGCUAAUAAUCUAUAAGCUUGACAUGUAGUAAACUCUUCCUGUCUCUCCUGCCCUCCCUGCCGUGAUGUUAGAACCCAAGAUUUUGUUUUAGUAAAUAUCUUACUUUAUGUGAUAAAAUUAAA